UCCGAGUCGCGCUCCCCAUCUCUCUCUUCCCCGAUGACGAUAUCCACGCGCAGCCGCGGUCGCAGCAACACCGAGGACGCGCCGAACAAGAGGCAAAAGGUAGAAGAACACGUCCAAGACGCGCUUCCGCCAGAAGAGGCCCAGCCAGUAGUCGGCGAACGCCAUGCCAGUCUCUGGUUCGACGAAGGAAACGUCGUGCUCGCGGCCCGGGGAAAGUCAUUCAAGCUUCAUUCUGGCGUGCUCGCGCACCAUUCAAAAGUAUUCAAGGACAUCCUGAGCGCGGCCGCUCUCGCGAAUCUACAAGAGAGGUUGGAUGGCUGCCCGGUGUUGCGGACGGACGACAUCGGAGACGUGCUCGCGCAGCUGCUGCAGAUUAUCUAUGAUGGGGGCAAGAGGUGUGUUGCGCUUCUUUGACUCUGGCUGUGGCGUGUUACAUCUGUCUUC